AUGCGGUGGCUGUGGCUGAUGGGGCUGGCAGUAGCCACCCAUGCCCUGAUGACCAGGGUCCCUUUGCAGCAGAGGAAAACGCCGCAGCGAGUGCUGCGGGACGGCGGGGUGCUGGGGGAGCUCCUGCUGCAGCAAGCCCCCUCCCCGGCAGCCAAGCAUCGCCGCACCACCACCACGGAGCUCUUGGAAAACUACAUGGAUCUGAGCUACGUGGGCACCAUCUCCAUCGGCACGCCGCCCCAGCAGUUCUCCGUCAUCUUUGACACCGGCUCGGCCAACCUGUGGGUGCCCUCGGUGUACUGCUCCAGCCCGGCUUGCGCCACCCACCGACGCUUCGACCCGGCGCGUUCCUCCACCUACCGCGGCACCACCACCAGCGUGGCCACCUGGUAUGGCACCGGCAGCAUGGUCGGCGUGCUGGGCUACGACACCGUCACGGUUGGGAGCAUCCAGGUGCGGAACCAGAUGGUUGGGCUGAGCCAGUGGGAGCCCGGCUCCUUCCUCGUCCACGUGCCCUUCGAUGGCUUCGUGGGGCUGGCCUUCCCCCGCAUCGCCUCCUCUGGUGCUACCCCGCUGUUUGACAGCAUGAUGAGCCAAGGCCUGGUGGCUCAGGAUCUCUUUUCCAUCUACCUCACCCCUGACGAGCGGAACGGCAGCUUUGUGCUCUUCGGUGGCAUCGACGAUUCCUACUUCACCGGGAACCUGAGCUGGAUCCCGCUGACCUCUCAAACCUACUGGCAAAUCAAGGUGGACAGGAUCACCGUGCACGGCCUCCCCAUCGCCUGCGCCCGUGGCUGCCAGGCCAUUCUGGACAGCGGCACCUCGAUGCUGGCGGGCCCUGGCCUCAGCAUCCGCCGCAUCCACGAUGAGAUGGGAGCCAUGCGCGGCCCCAGCGGUCUGCACACGGUGAGAUGCAGCUCCGUCCUGCCCGACAUCGUCUUCGUCAUCGCCGGCACGCAGUUCCCCCUGCCGCCCCAAGCCUACAUCCUCCAGAUGAAGGAUGGCUCCUGCGCGAGCGGCUUUGAAGCCUACGCCCUGCCCACGGCUGCUGAUGAGCUCUGGGUCCUCGGGAGCAUCUUCCUGCGUCGCUACUACAGCGUCUUCCACCGGGCCAACAGCAUGGUGGGGCUGGCGCCCGCCGCCUAGGGCAUGCCACGCUCAGAGAGUCAUGGAACCAUCAAGGUUGGAACCAUCAAGGUUGGAACCGUCAAGGUUGGAGAAGACCUUUAGGACCGUCCAGUUGAACUGCUGACCCACCCCCGCCGUGCCCACCGACCACGUCCCUCAGUGCCACACCUCCAUGGAUCCUGAUUAC